GAGAAGCGAUGUCAGUCAAACCUAAGCCCCGCCUACCGGCUCAGACUGCGGACGACUCCGGGACCAGAACCCAGCACUUAAUUCCUAAGAUUGUUAUUUAUUGAUCAGUGAUCACUUAGCGAGCAGUAAAUCGAUAUCGAUCUAUCGGCAGACCGUUGGAAGGGAUGUCCAGGCUGCUGGAGAGCAGGAGGACCGACAGGAUGAAGGAAAUCAAUCUGAAGAAUAAGGAGAAGGAACGACUGAAGGAGCGCGAGAAAGAGGCGCGAGAGCGAGAGGCACGCUCCAGCAACGGUCACUUGUUUACCUCACUUAGCGUGUCUGCUACCACGCUCUGCUCAUCCUGCAACAGGAGCAUUACAGCCAAGGAGGCACUAAGCUGUCCAGGAUGCAACGUCACCAUCCACAACCGCUGCAGGGACAGUCUGGCCAGCUGUGCCAAGAUGAAGCAGAGGCAACAGAAGUUGGCCCUGGUGAGGAACAGUUCAGCUCUACAGAACGUCGCCCUACGGACCAAGACUCCGAUGAUGAAGGAGCGUCCCAGCUCGGCUAUCUAUCCCUCAGACACCCUGCGACAGUCUCUGCUCGGGUCCAGGCGGGUUCGAUCUGGUCUUUCGCUUUCCAAGAGUGUUUCCACCAAUAACAUAGCAGGAGGGAUUGAGGAGUCUGUUGGUCUCAGGAGGAUUUUGUCACAGUCCACGGAGUCUCUGAACUUCAGGAGCAGAACUUUGUCCAUGGAGUCUCUCACUGACGAAGGAGAGUGGUGGACGAGCCCCCUGCUGGAAGAACUGCGUACAGAGGGAAUCUGCGUCCAGGCCGACAGCUGGAGUCUGGCUGUGGAACCCAGCUUCCUGCAGACGCUGCACAAAGACAUCAUCAAACAGCAGGACGUCAUCUACGAGUUGAUCCAGACUGAGUUCCAUCAUGUCCGGACGUUGCGGAUCAUGGAAGGGGUGUACCGGCGAGGGAUGCUGGAGGAGGUGAUGCUGGAGGCAGGUGUGGUUCACACCAUCUUCCCUUGCCUGGAACAGCUGGUGGAGCUUCACUCCAACUUCCUGUCUGAACUGAUGAACAGGCGGAAGGACGGACUGAUGGAGGGCAGCUUCACUAACUUCACCAUCCGCAGGCUUGGAGACCUGCUGCUCCGACAGUUUUCAGGUCAAAGUGCAGACGACAUGAAGAAACUUUACUCAGAGUUCUGCAGUCGACACCCGAAAGCUGUGAAGCUCUACAAAGAAGUUUUAACUCGAGACCGAAGACUGCAACAGUUCAUUCGGCGUGUGUGUCGUGGUCCUCUGCUUCGUCGACAUGGCGUCCAAGAGUGCAUCCUUCUGGUGACACAACGGAUCACAAAGUAUCCCGUUCUCAUCCAGAGAAUCCUCGACAACACCAAAGGAUGCGAAGAAGAGGCACAAGCACUGAAGAAGGCCUUGCACCUCCUUAAGGAGCUGAUCAGCUCAGUGGACCAGGAGGUUCUGGAGUUAGACCGCACCAGAAGGCUGCAGGAGAUCCAAGCUCGUUUGGAUCCUCGAGCCCAGGCUGAAGUCCAGAGAGGAGGAGUGUUCAGAGGAGGGGAACUGCUAAGGAGGAAGCUUCUUCAUGAUGGGACAAUCCUCUGGAAAGUCCAGGGUUCUAGAAUGAAAGAUGUGCAGGUGUUACUGAUGUCAGACAUCUUGGUUUUUCUCCAGGAGAAAGACCAAAAAUUCACCUUUGCAUCACUGGACAAAUCUCCAAUAGUCCCCUUAAAUAACCUGAUUGUCCGAGAAGUAGCCAAUCAGGAGCGAGGGAUGUACCUGAUCAGUAGUGACUCUAGUCCUCCAGAGAUGUAUGAGCUGUACGCUUCAUCCAAAGACGACCGCAAGACCUGGAUGAGCCGCAUUCAGCAGGCUGCUCUCAGCUGUCCGUCCAGAGAUGAGUUUCCGCUCAUUGAAACGGAAGACAAAGCUUUGCUGAGACGACUCCGAGCUGACAUUCAGCAGAAGGACAGGGAGGUGCUGGAGCUCCUGCAGGAGCGUGUCACCUUGUUCUCUGACCUGAUGCAGGUGACAGCACGAGAAGAAUCAGGAGAAGACAGAUGUGUGGAGACAAGGACCUCCUGCUGCAGAAACCUGUUCAGAGCCGACACUCCUCACGCUCCUAAAGCAGAACAGCUCCUUCUUGCUGCCAUUGGUGAAGUCGACAAGCUGACAACUAUGUUAUCCAGCUCCGGCACACAGAAACCCUCCGUAACCAAUGGCAACCAGGAGAUCAGCAGUGAGUCACCUGACACCUAUGGUGACUGUGGUUCUCUCAAUGGUUCUUUUAAACUGAACAACAGCACUUCAAAGGAUAAAAACGGCAACCAGCUUCAGGAGGGAGCCCUGAACCGGGAAGUCCACCAGCGAUUGGUCGAUCUGAGCACGCAGCUUCAUGCCUUGCAGGCUGCUGUGAUUCGCCAAGACUCCAUUCUGGAAUUGGCGGUGGGUGCUGGACCCAUCUCUUCUACCACCUCUGGCUCCACCCCAGGACCUCGUCUCAGCCGAUCGAUGUCGCGGGACACAGGACUGGAUGCCAGUGGGGAGGUGGUGCUUCUGCAGCGCCAGGUGGAGCUUCUGCAGGAAGAGCUGGCACGGCUGCGUCUAAAGGCGGAGGAGUCGAACAAGAAGGGAUCGGGAACUGGCAAAAAAAAGAGGAACAAAAACAAAAACAAAGCUGAUGUCACCAAGGAUGAACAGCAGCUCAACAAGAAGUCCAGCAGCAAGGACCCAGAGCCCCACCCCCUCGCUCCAUUGGCCACUGAAGAUCCACUCGACCAAUUAGAUGGAGUUGAAGAAUUAAAUGAAGAGGAGGAGGAGGUGAUGAAGAUCUCCCCACGUUCUGAUAGCCCCAGAGAUCUGCAGGACAUCCCAGAGGAAAGCGAGAGUUAACCCCACCGACUGACCUCACCGUGAUGUCACGGAUGGACAAACAUCAACUCGUUGUUGGACUUUUAUGGUGAAAGGCAUUGGUGAUGAUGUCAUUUCCUGUUUUAGACCAAACAUCUGAUCUCAGCUGACCAAUAUUUCUCAUUUCUGAAUGUUGCUGUUAGUUAGAAACAGGAAGUAGAACCAUGUGACCUGUUUGUGCCAAUGUGUGUUGGAGCUUUAUCCACUGUCUGAAGUGGGUGGAGCUUUACAAAGGGAGGGGCAUAGAAAAACGGUUUUUGGGCAGGUGGGAGGAGUCUGUUGUGUCUAUGUUGUUCUUUGUCCUGGCUGGAUCCAUUCUGCUGAGUGAGUGGUUUAUUCCUGGUUGUUUGUUGGGGACCUUAAGCUAACAUAAUCCUCGAAGAUGGACCCCUCCCUCCCACCACUACCACCUUAAAAAUGGGUCAGGGUUAGGGGGUCAGGACCUGACAGGGCAUUCAGAACAUAGAGCCAGAACCCAGCAAGAGCAGCAGAACCCCUCAGAUUAGUGGUCAGAACCUGGUGGAUCGGCAAACCCUGACCCAAAGUUGUUUAGAAACUUUCACAAUAAAGGUUAUCAGGGUUCUUUACGGGGAAAACAAAACGGGUCCAAUCCAGAUUCAUCUAGUUUCUGUACCUUUUUAAUCUGGCUCAGGAUCUCAGGAGCUGGGACCCUUGACGAGCAGGCGAGAGGCGAGGCUACACCUGCUCCAUCAUAGAACCAGCAUCAAAUCCAGUUUUAAUCAAACUGAAUACCGGUUUAGCUUUUUAGAUGGAUAAAAAACAACUUGCUUUAACAGGAGCAGAACCAGAACCUUUUGUCUGGAUGACCCACGGUCUGAGAGGACAGGAGGACUCUGGGUUGUUGUAGUUCCUUUGGAAGAUAAAUAGAUGCAGUUUUUUUAGAUGGACUUGGGUGUUGAAAAAAAAACACAACAGCCUGCUGGAAAAGAUUUCCUGAGACUCUGAUAUGGUUCUGAGGUAUAAAUGGUCCAGUUCUUGUGCUGAUCUAAAGCAGUGGUUCCCAAACCUUUCCCUCGAGGCCCCCCUUUGCCUGUGUCCAAGACAAGCCAAGGAAACCCAACACAAUCUCCUACCCACAUUCACACAUUAAGUGAGGAAAUGCCAAGUGGGAAACUCUGGCUGCCAAAGUAAAGCCAAAAAGGAAGUGACAAAAAAGUUUGUUCCUCCCUCACCCACUAGGGGCUAGCACCAAAAAGGAGCAAGUUCCAGUUGACUCCCAUGUUAAAAUUCCAACUUCCCAAGACAAAUAACAGAUGAGCCAGCACUAGCAGCUUCGGCCUCACACUUAAAGUGUUGUAGCCUAGAAGACCGAGUGUAGCAGAGUCGCUCAACCGCGGUUUUCUGGCUAAAAGUGCCCGCCAACCUUCGUUGGCGUCAGUUAGCUCGUAGCGACAUCAGCUCAACAAUUGAUGGGUGUCAAUAAUCUGCCCCCACCCUCACAGCUCAAUGUUUGUAUUUUCUGGGGUUUGAAGAAAUGUACGACACAGCCAUGAUGGCGGUGGUGGGAUCUGCUCCUUUGGCAGCUCUUCAUUAACCUACGGGUGACAUGCCUGAGGAUUUGUCCAUUAUAUACACAGUAUAUGGGCUGCAUGGUGGCGCAGUUGUUAGCACUGUUGCCUCGCAGCAAGAAGGUUGCAGGUUCGAAACUCGGCUGUGGCCUUCUGCGUGGAGUUGCAUGUUCUCCCCAUACAUGUGUGGGUUUCCUCCAGGUACUCCGGUUUCCCCCUCAGAUCACAACAUGCCCUGUAGGUUAACAAUUGUACGUCGCUUUGGAUAAAAGCGUCUGCCAAAUAAAUAAACAUAAACAUGUUAAACACACACUUUAUUUAGCCAUGUAGAGUUUUACCUCAUAUACUUACAUUUGAUGAUAUUAUUUGUUGUUAUUGUGAUUUUUAUUUUUACGUAAUUUAUAAAAGUAUUAACUUGGUAACCUCCCAACCUCAGCACAAACAUAACUGUGGGGGUUGUUGUAGUUCCAGUGGAAGAUAAAUAGAUGCAGUUUUGUAGGAUGGGCAUGGGUGUGAGUGGUCGCUGACCCCAGGUUGGGAACCACUGAUCUGAAGGAUGAACUGGAACAGAACAGGACCUAUUUUUAAACUGGGUUUCUGGACUCUCUGCUGUAGUUUGAUUAGAAUCCAGUUAUAACAUAAACAUUUGGGACCAAUCAGAACCAAGGUGGCGGUCCAUAUGUUUGUUUGAAGCAGACAAAUGAUUGUCACCACACUACAUUUCCCAGAAUGCCUUUGACCUGUUUAUUCAGCAUGAACUUUAUUUAAAAAGACAUGUAGUUUUAGAAAUGUUUGAUGUAGGAAUAUUUAGACUCUGUUUUCACCUGAAGCCAAAACAUUUUUAUUUACAUUUGAUACAAAUGAGCCUGAUGACAUCACGGCUAAUGUAUGUUAGCAUGUUAGCAUGGCUGUGUCUUGUGUAGAAUAAGAGUUAACUGAUCAGCUGUUAGUGCUGAAAUGUGAUUGAUGAUGAUUAUGAAGUGGUUGUUCAAACACUUGCAAGCUUCAGCUAUAAAGUGUCUAAAAACCCAAAUACCUGCUGGACUUCAUCUCCACGGACGCUGUAUCCGUGGAUGCUGUCUCUGUGUUCUGUUUGCUAAACACUAUAAACUUGAAAUGUUAUGUUAAUCUGCUGACUGAAAACAGGAAGUGCUUAAAUUAGAUUUUUAAGUAUGUGAUAGAUGUUCAGUCAAAAGCUGCACUUUUUUCAGUUUGUAAUUUUUUUUUGUCCAAACAUUUUCUGACCAUUGACAGAUGUGACUCUGUAACAUCCAGAUGUGAUGUAUUAGCAUCCAGAUGCAAUGCCAGAACCUCCAAAGGUUAUGUAACAUCCAGAGUUGAUGUUGUAACAUGCAGAUGUGAUGCUGUAACAUCCAGAUGUGAUGUUGUAACGUUCAGUUGUGAUGGUGUAAUAUCCAGAUGUGAAGCUGUAAUAUCUAGAUGUGAUGUUGUAGCAUCCAAAUGCGGCCCUGUAACAUCCUGAUAUGAUGUAGCAUCCAGAUGUGAUGCUGGAACAUCCAAAUGUGAUGCUGGAACGUCCAAAGUUUAUGUAACAUCCAGAUGUGAUGUUGUAACAUCCAGCAGUGAUGCUGUAACAACCAGGUGUGACGCCAGAACAUCCAGAUGUUAUGCUGGAACAUCCAAUGGUUAUGUAACAUCCAGAUGUGAUGCUUUAACAUCCAGAUGUGAUGCUGUAACAUCCAGAUGUUAUGCUGUAACAUCCAGAUGUUAUGCUGUAAGAUCCAGGUGUGACAUGCUAAACUGUUUUAUUUGCUGUAGUUUAAAUGUAGUGACUGAAUUGUGUUUAUUGCUCUCUGCUGUUCCUCUCACUAUAAAUAUAAUCAAAUGCU